CUGGAAUUUUUAGUCUCUUAUCUCCAGCAGAGAGAUUAGAAACAGGAACGGAAGAAAAGCAAGAAGGGGGAGGAGAAAAAAGAAGAAAGAAAGGCCAAAGAGAGAGAAAAGAGAGUUUUAAACUGUACUUUCAUGAAGGAUCACCCAGUUUUAGGUAGGAAUUUAGAGUUCUGUUAGAAAUGAGAAGUUCUUGUGAGAGAAAUCAAUAGUCUUGUUCGAAGAGAGAAAGUAGAAUUCAAGAAAAAAAAUUAAUUGCUUGGCGUUUCCCAGAAAAAGAUGGCUGAUGGGGCAACAAGCUACACUGUUGAUGAAGCUCUUUUGGCAAUGGGUUUUGGAAAAUUCCAAUGCCUUUUUCUUCUUUACGCUGGCAUGGGUUGGAUUUCAGAGGCAAUGGAGAUGAUGAUUCUCUCAUAUGUUGGACCCGCAGUUCAGCAUACAUGGGGACUUACUUCUAAGCAAGAAAGCCUAAUAACCACUGUGGUUUUUGUUGGUAUGAUGGUUGGAGCAUAUUCGUGGGGCUUAUUGUCAGAUAAAUAUGGAAGAAGGAAGGGAUUUCUAGUUCCAGCAAUAGUUACUUCAGGAUUUGGCUUGCUGAGUUCCUUUGCCCCAAACUAUGUUACAUUGAUUCUUUCUCGGUGUUUGGUAGGCUUAGGUUUAGGAGGUGUUCCUGUAAUCUUAGCCUGGUUUUUAGAGUUUAUGCCUGCGCCAAAUAGAGGAACUUGGAUGAUUAUUUUCCAAGGAUUCUGGACCAUUGGAGCAAUUAUGGAGGCUGCUCUCGCUUGGAUUAUUAUGCCAAGGUUGGGUUGGAGGUGGUUACUUGCUUUGUCUGCUUCCCCUUCAUUGCUUCUCCUUAUAUUUUAUAUUAUGACACCUGAGUCACCAAGGUAUUUAUGCUUGAAAGGUAGAAAAAAUAAUGCCCUUAGGAUUUUAGAGAAAAUAGGCAAACUAAAUGGAAAGAGAUUGCCCCCUGGUAAUCUUGUUACUGACCAUGAAGUUGAGUUACAAGAGAAGAUAGUUCCACCAAAGGAUGGAAAUGAAGAUGAUUCUGGUGUUGGUAGCUCUAAUCCUCCCAGGUGGAAGGACUCUGACAUGGGGGCCUUCAGGUCGCAGUUAAUGCUUCUGUCACCAAAAUUAAUUAGGUCAACCUUGCUCUUAUGGGUUGUAUUUUUUGGGAAUGCAUUUUCAUACUAUGGCCUUGUGUUGCUGACCACUGAGUUGAACAGUGGAAAUAAUAAAUGCAAUCCAAAUGAACUGCGGUCACAAAAGUCUGGGAGCGUUAACUAUAAAAAUGUUUUCAUCACUACUUUUGCAGAGCUUCCGGGGCUCAUUAUUUCAGCUUUCACAGUUGAUAAAUUCGGUCGUAAACUUUCAAUGGCGGUUAUGUUCUUCAUCUGUUGCAUAUUCAUGCUACCACUGGUAGUCCACCAGUCUGAAGCUGUAACAAUAGUCCUUCUCUUUGGAGCUCGAAUAUGCAUAACGGGAACCUUCGCAGUUGUUUACAUUUAUGCGCCAGAGAUAUACCCAACUUCAGUGAGGACAACAGGUGUUGGAGUUGCAAGCUCAAUGGGAAGGGUUGGUGGGAUGAUCUGCCCUUUUGUGGCAGUAGGUUUGGUGCAAGGUUGCCAUCAAACUGCAGCAGUUGUUCUUUUUGUGGGUGUAGUUUUUGUGUCAGGGAUCUGCACCUGCUACUUUCCAUUUGAAACCAAGGGCCGUGAACUAACUGAUAGUGUCGCCAGUACAAAAAAUGAAAAACCGAAAGCCACGAGACAAGAAGAGCCAUAAACCAUGCAAUGAUAUAUCCAGUGCAUUGAAUGAUGUGAUAGGUUGAAUUGGCCACGCUAAAAAGAAUGGCCCCCCUUGUUUAUAUAUGCAAACAAAUAAUUUAUAUAUUUAUGCGUAUGUUGAAAAUUUGAGAUUUGGAAUUUCCCAUGUAUGAUUUUUUUUUUUUUUUUU